AUGCCGUGGCUCGCGCUCCGCGACGGCGGCCUGAUCGACCUCGACGGCAACCCCGUACGCUGCCCGCGGCCCAUCCUCCGCGACGGCGUCGUCAGCUUUCACCCCGUCGGCGGCGGCAACCUGGUCUUCCUCGAGCACGACGACGGCGGCUGCUCCCUGAUGAACCCUCUCUCCGCCGCCUCCGGGGACAGGGACGACCCGCUUCUCCCUCUCCCCGAGCUCGCCGCCGCCGUGCGCCGAGCGGUUGACUCGUGCGAGACGCCCACUGUGGCGACGUACACCCCGAAACCAUCGUAUAGCACCGUGAUCAUGUCGUCCUCUCCGGUGGUGGCGGAUUCCUCGUCAUCGCCGCCGGACACCCUCGUCGCUGCCCUAAUCUUGAACAGAUGCGCCGUCGCCAUCUCCACCUGCAAGCGACACGACGGCGCCGCCGCGUCGUUCUCGUUCAUGGACGAGAGGAGCAGGAUCCGCUCAGUCUGGUUGCGGGCGACGGCCAUCUGCGCCAUCGCCUUCCUCCACGGGAAGCUCUACGCCGUCACCAGCAAAGAAGGCCUCCACGUCCUCGAUCUCGACAACGGCGGCGGCGGCGAGGGCGGCGCGGUGCUCCGCCCGUGCAUCGCCGACGACCCCGAGAAGAAGUCGGUCCACGUCGACGUGGAGAGGCGCGGCCACCUCGUCGUGCGCUACGUGGUGGAGUCCGGCGGGCGGCUGCUGAUGGUGCGGUGGUGGAAGAGCCUCCCGCCGCCGGUGUGGAGCGCCGACAGGCCGCCGAGCAGGUUCGACGUCUUGGAGGCGGCCGACGGCCUCGGCCGGUGGAAGGCGGUGGACAGCUUGCGCGGGCGAGCGCUGUUCCUCGGCAAGGCGGACUCGAGGUCCGUCGUUGCUGGCGGCGGCGGUGGCGGCGCCGGAGCUCGAGAAGAUUGCAUCUACUUCAUGCGGAGGAGUUUCUGGUAUCCGAGCAAGGAGGAGGAUUUCGGGCAGUCCGGCGUGUACGACAUGAGGAGCGGCGAGAUCUCGCCGCCGCAGCUGCCGGAGAGAGGGACGGCGGAGCUGCGCCUCCACUGCGAGUAUCCGAGGUGGUUUUACCCAGCGGAUUACUCCUAUUAA